AUGUUCUACGCUGUAAUGAGCAAUUCCCUGAACACCAUCAUGCUUAUACUGAGGAAUUCAAUAGAUUCAACCCAAAAUAUAACUGACGUAAAUGCAGUAUGCGAUAUCAUUGAACGAUUGGAGAACUUUCCAAUGACCAUGAAUCAAUUGCAAGAUACUAGGAUUGGUCAGCUCCUGCAAACCAUCCGUCAUAAAGUCGAUCCCUCACUCCAAAAACGUAUUCGUCUCAUUAUCAAGGCGUGGCAGAAAUUGUUAUCAUCUGACUAUUCACAUCAGUGUGUGAUUCCUAUAAAAACAUCUGAAAAAGUUGCAUCUGGCGCACCUAGACCUAAUGGCACACCAACCAAACCACUUAUUCGCGAGAAAUCUGGACAUUGCAUGGAUGCUGUAAAUACUGUAUGCCCUCCCCAGUUGAAAUGUCAUAUUUCGGUUUAUGGUGAUGAAAGCUCCGUUCGUCCAACGAAGAGAAACUUACCAGAUUCUUCACCUAGCAAAAUGUGUAAAGAUGGUGCAUCUAAAACACACGCGCAUCAGAUUCAACAAAGUGAAAACUUUAAUUCAAAUCUGUCUAAACGCCUAAAGUGUAUUGACUCCCCAUCCCUUACCAUGAACAUAUCAACAGUUGGUAAAGUCAGUAGUCCAAAUAACCUUUUGAAUGGUAGUAAGUGUUCAGAACUCAUGUUUAAAGCAAAGUCAGACAUUUCAAUAUCUCAGUCAUGCAUUACGACUGCUUCCCGGUCUCCUAUACAACAGUCUUUGUCAAAACCGCGUGUAAACAACUCUACGCGUUUGUCUAAAGUUAAAUCAACCGCAGAAUUGGUCCAAGCUGCAGGUGACUGCAUUGAUUCCAUCACUGCUGAUCGUAUCCUAACGAACAGAAUCAGUAAAGAAAUCGACCCGCCUAGAGUAUGCUCUCUGGUGCAACCUACAAAAACACGUUUAAACCGAACAACUUCUGGUCCGCAUUCCACUUCACGCACUUCAUCUGUUAAUAAUAAUAAUGAAGCCACACACCUUCCUAAGUCAUGCACUUUGGCAGAUGUCAAACCUGAAGUACACUCUGAGUAUGUAGAAAAAUCUGCUUCAUAUGAAAAAAGUAGCAUCUCGGUUUCCGAUUUCCAUCAAAGUCCAGCACCUGCACAAACCUUGACAUCAGUAUCUAGCAACCAAAGCCCAGUGUAUUCCAACAACAAUGAAGACGUCCCAGGUCAAGUAACACUUCAAAAUAUCAACAAGGAUGCCCAAAAAGUCAAAAGAAAAAGAAGCACAAGCGUCAUAAAUACCAUUUGAAUGUAUUGGAAAAUCCUCUUGGGUCACAUUCCACUCAACUGGAAUGCCAACAGGGAGACAAGAAGUUCC